UCAAAUGUCUAACCGCUUGAAAUCUGAGCUCAAGAGCAGAGAGAGAGGAGGGUCAUAAGGAGUAAAAAACAAGGAAGCAGAAGUGCCGGCUGUACUCAGUCUGUAUGACUAUGUGUUCUGGUCGUCUUUGCGGUCAUUCAUGUGCAUGUAAAUCAUUAUAGGCUGCAGCACAUGGACCAUCUAGACUGCUUGGUUUCCAGGUUAGAAAACUGCAUGAUUAUUCGUUUGUGACCUCCCUGUAAAGUUCAAAGGUUGCUUGCGUUCAGUGAGCACUGAAUAUUGAGAGAUGGAGCACGUCUUUUUUCCACCUCUCUCCCGUGUUGCCGUUUGCGGUGGCACCCAUGGAAAUGAGCUGACGGGGGUGUACAUGGUGAGAGAAAUGCAGAAACAGACGAUGGAUAAGGAUGGACCUGUUUCUGUAACCGCCGUCCUGGCAAACCCACCGGCUGUUGAUGCUUGCAGAAGAUACAUAGACACAGAUCUCAACCGGUGUUUCACAGAUGCUUUACUGAGUGCUCCAUUAACAGACUCUUCUCCCUAUGAGUUGAGACGGGCUCACGAGCUGAAUGCCCAGUUUGGGCCUAAAGGAAGUAAAGAAGCUGUUGAUCUGCUCUGUGAUCUCCACAACACCACCGCAAACAUGGGUCUGAGUCUCAUCUUGUACUCCUUAGACUGGAUCACCCUACACAUUUGUAAAUAUUUACAGAGCAAGAUCUCUUCACCUGUAAGAGUAAUCCAGCUGAAUAUACCCAUUUCUGAGGUUUAUUCUCUAGAAGCAGUGGGAAAACAUGGAUUAGCGAUAGAAAUCGGUCCUCAACCUCACGGUGUGGUCAGAGCUGAUAUCUACAACAUGAUGAAAAAGGCAGUCGAUCUCACAUUAGAAUGGCUUCAGAAGUUUAAUACUGGAAGCAUAUUUGAAGGGGGUGAGGUGGAAGCAUUCACUUUUGCAAAGAGCAUUGACUAUCCAAGGGACCCAACGACUGGUGAAAUUACCGCAGCCAUACACCCUCAGCUGCAGGAUAAUGACUUCAAGCUUCUGCAGCCAGGUGAUCCUGUAUUCAUGUCAUUUUCUCGGGAGACAGUAAAGUACGAGGGAGAACCGCUCUAUCCUUUCUUUGUGAACGAAUGUGCCUACUAUGAGAAGAAAAUUGCUUUCCAUUUGGCUCAGAGGAAAAAUUUGUCCAUCCCAACCAUAAGUGUUAAAAGGGACUAAGACCAAGAUGAAGAGAAACAUAAUUGCCAACUCACAACAUAAGCAGAUCUGCUAAAUUAUACAGGGUUGUGAAAUAUGCAAGUACUAAGCAUACCAUGAUUUAUAACAAUGAAGUACAAGAUUAAUGCAAAAGCUUCACUUCUGUGACCUUAAAGAGCAAAUGUAUACUAAUGGUGGCUAAUCUUUCAAAUUGUUUCACAAAUCUUUUUUUUUUUCACUAUUGAAAUUGUGAAUAACACUUGUUUCAUAAAUAAAGCCAUAGAACAUUGUGAA